CUCUAACAAGAUAGUUAAGACUAUAAAAUCUUUCAUAAACGAGAAAUCAUAUCUUUUGUAUGGAUCUUCAAAUUUAGUUUUGUUAGCUUACUAAUUUAGGGCACAAUAAAGGAUUGAUCAAUCUCCAACCAGCUCACUCAAACAGAAUCUUCCAAUCAAAUGUUACUCUUAGUGUAAUCUUAUGUGUAUUAUUGACUUGCACAAAUCAUGACAAAUUGUUCUCCAACAGAUUGUACACAAUGCUUUAUUGCCUCGUCUUAGCAAUGUAUCGAAGAAUGAUGGUAAUUCUUGACUAAAACCUCAUUCCACUCAAGAUAGACAUCAGAGUUAGGCAAGCUGUUGACACUGUGGGCAUGCCAGGACAGCCAUAAACCAUCUCUGAUUUCCAGACACACAAAUCCCUGUCCUACUCAACUACGGUGAUAGAUGCGAAUUCGGGACUGAAGAGUACCUCCCAGUGACUCCUAUCAUCAAGAACUUAGUGAUUCUCAAAAAGAACCCUGAUUACAAGCCUCCUGAAGAGGUCAAGCCUCGUAAAUACUAAAGUCCUAAUUAUU